GGGGUUGCCGUGGCAACAGUGGACCCCCCCCCCGCCGCCGGCUGCCCACGUUAUAAGUUUUGUUUAACGCGGCUGAAAUUUUCAUUCAAAUGGAGCGAACGAAGCGAGGUGGGGGGUGGACUCCGAUAGUUUGAUAGCGGGGUUUAAAAUGUCUCUGGUGGAGUCCCUGCCGAGGAGGACGGGGCUGUCCAGGGAGGUGUUUCGCUGGCUGCAGAGCCUGGACCUGACCGUGCAGUUCAGGAACGCGCGCAGAGACUUGUCCAAUGGCCUUGUUCUGGCUGAGAUCUUCUCGUGGUACUACCCAGGGGAUCUGCUCAUGCACAGUUUCCAGCCCGGGGAAUCCCUUGCCUCUAAGCUGGCCAACUGGAGCCUCCUGCAUCGGUUCUUCGCCAAACGCGGCCUGGCUUUCUCCAAGGAGCUGACGGACGGGACCUUGCACCGCAAACCAGGCGCAGCAGAGCAGCUCCUGCAGCGAGUUUACAGCACGCUCACCAACAGACGGGUGAAGAGCAUUAACGGUGGGGAGGGCGCCAUGAGCGAGGAGCGUGCGGUGGGAUCAACGGGCACGGUGCAAGAAUCCAACUCCGAGGCACCACGGUUCACCGACGCCCGCUACCAGCAGGCACUCCCCAUGCAUGCCCGUUCCACGGCAUCGCAGGCGCUCAAGAGCAACGUACGGCUCACGCAGCUGUUGGCAGAACCCAGCGAGGUGGCUACCAGGCAGCGAGCAGAGGUCGUGCUGCGCGAUCAUCUUGCCCAGAGGCGGCGGGAGAGGGAACAGGACCCCUGCCGCUUCGACGUGCGCCCCACACUGGGGGAGUUGGCUGUGCGGCUGCCUCCUCUGUCGGCGGAGCGGCCUCGCGACACAGGAAGUGGGGCGAGUCUCACGUCGAGCGUCAACGACUCUCGUCGUGACACCGGGAAUCGCCAGAGGCCACAGGCGACUGUUCAGCUGCGCGGGUCGGUGGGGAGUGGCGGGUCCCCCCGGGAAAUCCACGUGCGCCAAUCUUCAGGCUUCAGCGCUGCUCUCCACUCCACCACCGCCAGCGUUGUCUCCAGCCACUAAGCCCGGCGCAAGCAUUCUCCCUCUCGCAUGCAAAGGAGUUUUGGGGGAGAGAGUUGCUUUUGAGGUUCCUGAUCGUUGAUGGUUUUGCAUCGCUGGUGGCUCAUUAAAUACAGCGCUGCACAUGGUGCCGUUAUCAUGUGGGACACCCGUGCUGUAAAUUAAACCUUAUUCUGCUCAUGCCUUUAGAGUGACAUCCUAAAAAUAUGCGUGUGGUGAAGGAAUAACUUAAGCUUGCUAACUCUACCGAUUUAAGCGAUAGGUUGCCGAUAUUUAGACCAUUUCCUGCAUGCCGAUUUAAAACAAUAAUUAUACCACUUAUUUGUAGGAACAACAUUUUUCUUGUAAUGUUUUGCUUUGAAAAUCAGUAUGCGGUAGGGUUGGCAAGGAUGUGCUGGGUAUGGAAAUAACUUCAUCCACCUUGGGGCUGUAUUUUAACAUUUCACACGCAGGCAGGCAUGACAGUUGUUUAAAGAGAGAACUGUGUGUGGCACCAAUAUCAUGUGAAGGCACGAGCGUUGUAAAUUAAACGUUAGGCCGAAACCCUUAGGGUGUGACAUUUGAAUAACAUGUAUGGGGGGGAAGACAGACAGCCCACCAUAAAUUUAAGCUCCUCUGAUGCAAACGGGCGAUCAUUGAAAUCAAAAGCAUACCCUUUAUUUAAUUAGCGUUGGGCAGUACUCAUCUCCAUUGGGGUCUUAAUCAGUGAUGAAAACUCCACAUUACUCUCACGGACAUUCGUUCUGUCCACGGGAAGAAAAAAAAAACGUUGGUUUCUAAGUGGCACAGACUCACCGGGUGAUACUCAUUUUACUGACCCCAGAGGUAUGAUGAGGAUGAUUAUGAUGAUGAUGAUGCAGGCCUAAGUCAGCCCUGAAUCAAUAUUCGGGUGCUAAUACAUGGUGAUUAAAAAAAAACGUUAACACUUCAGAGAAUUUGCAACAAUACCACAAGAGAUGUGCCUCCAGGCUCUGGAGAACACCUGGACAAGAUUCCAGGCAUGUGUUGACAAUGAUGGCGAACAAGUGGAGACUAUUUGACUGUUUAAAGCUAUUAGCAUACAUUUGUUAUGUUAAAGUGUAUUAUCCGUUCUUUUUCCAUUAAAAACGAUAGUCCCAUAUAAGUGUCAAACAUUUUUGAAGCAGCCCGUAUAAUGUUCUCUGCUGCUCAGUCACUCACAGCUCAGUGUAUACAAAUGAGAGCCGAUGUAAAUGGGACAUUCCAGUUCGGAUCAAAAUCGAGGGCAGUUUUAUUCAAUCAAAGCACACAUUCCUUAAACAGCUUUUCCGUAAUGAAUCUUAACAGCUGCUGGGUAGAGGAAUUAAGAAAUUCAAUUAUAUUCCUAAUUGUAAUAAAGACGUAAAUUGUAUGCAUCA